AUGCAAUCACAAAACGGAGACUUGGACAAAGGCCUUGCUGCACAGGAGGUGUCGGGGGAGUCUGUGAACGACACCAGAAACGAAGCUACCCAAACAGAAAAUGAAGGCAAUUCUGUCAGCACAGUGUAUGGGCAACAAGUGCAACUAGAAAGUGCAGAGCAAGAAUCUGAAGAGAAGAGUAUCAAAAAUGCAAUUAAUCAAAGGCAGUCUAAAGACAGCUUGAGUGAGUAUAGCACUGGAGACACCUUCCGAAGAGUGCAAAAGGAUGUCAAAACUCAAGAGAAAGCCAUCAACUGUAUGUCCAGAGCAGAUCAACAGAAUGAACAAAAAUCAGAUGGUGAUCACCAGUCGGUAACCAGCUCAUUCAGACAAAGGACAGAAGAAAAGAGGGGCUGUGUAAGAAUGACAAAAAAGAUUCUGCGAGACCUCUGUAAACAGCAGAAAUUAUACGUGACCCCAUACUUAAAUGAUACGCUUUACUUGCAUUAUAAAGGAUUUGACCACCUGGAGAAUCUUGAAGAGUAUACUGGACUGAAGUGUUUAUGGCUGGAAUGCAAUGGCUUAACGAAAAUUGAGAAUUUGGAGGCUCUGACAGAGUUGCGUUGCCUCUACUUGCAACUCAAUUUAAUUAACAAAAUUGAAAACCUUGAACCCUUACAAAAGCUGGAUUCCCUCAAUAUCAGUAACAACUACGUUAAGACCAUUGAGAACCUCUCUUGUCUGAAAGCCCUGCAGACCCUGCAGAUUGCUCACAACAAGUUACAAACAUUGGAAGACAUACAACACUUGCAAGAAUGCCCAAGUAUUUCUGUUCUCGAUCUUUCCCACAACAAUCUAAGUGAUCCAAGUAUUAUAACUAUUCUGGAGACCAUGCCUAAUUUGCAUGUGCUGAAUUUGAUGGGAAAUCAAGUGAUAAAGAAAAUUGCUAAUUAUAGAAAAACACUUACUGUUCGACUAAAAGUACUAACAUAUCUGGAUGACAGACCAGUGUUCCCAAAGGACAGAGCCUGUGCAGAAGCCUGGGCUGUUGGAGGCCUUGAAGCUGAGAAAGCAGAAAGGGAAAAAUGGGAAACCAGAGAGAGGAAAAAAAUCCAAGAUAGCAUCGAUGCUUUAGCAGCAAUCAGGCAAAAAGCAGAGGAAAAGAAAAGGCAAAAGGAUAUGGAAGAAAGAGGUACAAGAGCAGAAUGUGGAAAUGGAGAUACAACAGACAUCCGAGAAGGAGCACCUGCAAAUUCACAUGAUAGUGAUGGAAAUUCUAAUACAUCAGAGAUUUCAAAAAUAUCAGAAGAGGAAGAAACUCAAGAGAAGACUGAGAAAUUUAGAAAUGAAAGUUUUGAUGCUCAUGAUGAAGUGAUAACACUUGUACCAAAUAGGGGAGAUGAUAACACUGAUCUCCCAUCUGGAAAUACUCCUGCUAGAAUGCAAGAGGAUGCACAAGAAUCACACUCUUACAAACACUCAAACUUCAACAAGAAGGCAGAUGAUCUACCAGGAGAGAAGGCCACGACUGCAAAGGCCGUGCUUCCUGAACUGGAUGAAUAUACUGAACAGGUCAAACUGGAAACACUGGAGAAACUUUAUAUUGACGAACUGCCUGAUUUAGAAGAUAUAGAUGUAAGUGAAUUUACCCCAGAAGAGGAAAUCUUUGUUCAAAAGGAAUAUCACCCAAAGAUUGAAAUAAUUUCUGAAAUGACAAAUGACAGCGACUCUGUAUUAGAGGAAAACAAUAAAAGCAUGUAUGAGAAUUCAGCAGGUUAGCAGGAGGAAAUUCCAACAGCGAUUUUUUCAGAUGUGCGUAAGAUAAAUAAAGAGCACGAAAAGGAGCACUUAAGGCCCCUUCUUGAAAGCUUCUUUACAGAGCCUGCUAAUUCAGAAAGGCACUGGGAGACCAAAGAUAAACAAGCAACCCCCUCAAACCCCUUAAUACAAGAGGUUGUCACCAAACCCAGGGAUAAUCUACUAUUGUCACCAGUCUGCAAUCAACCAAAUGGCCCAGGGGAAGAGGACAGUCAGAUUACAGUUACUUGCCCUGGGAAUGGCACUGAUGGCGAGGCACAGUGCCUGGCUGAGGGUGAAGGAUGUCCUCAUGAAGCACAAGAUCACCAGGGCUGUGAGAAUGGAUUAGAUGAAUCACUUCUUUGA